CCCGGUUUCCCCCCCCCGCGUAGGUUCCGGAAGAGCUCGGUUCCCGUAGCCGAGCGCGCAGGGCGGGCGCGAGCUACUGUAGCAGCGAAGAGCUUUGUUCCGGGCGCGUUGUUGCUCCUGCGCGCUCAGAGGGGCCAGAGUCCUAGUGUCGCGCGCGCCGGGGACCCGCGGGGGCUGAGCACGGCUGUGAUCGCUGCCGCCGGAGCUCCGGGGCUCGUGCGCUCUGCGUUACUUGGGGAGGUCCCAGGCAGCUGCAGCUCCCGUGCGGUCCCUGCCGGGUAGACGCAGCGACUGCCAAGGCGGUGCAAUGCUGGGCCCGCCCGGGAGCCCGGGAAGGGAAAGCGGAAGCCGCGCGCCCGGUCGGUGACCGCGCGGACUCGGCGUCUCGCCUCGGCUGCUCUCAGCACCCGCGCCUGCCCUCGGCUGCUGGUCGGGCGGCACCCGGCGCGUCUUGACCAUGGCCAUCGCCCACCUGGCCACGGAGUACGUGUUCUCCGACUUCUUGCUGAAGGAGCCCACCGAGCCCAAGUUCAAGGGGCUGCGGCUGGAGCUGGCAGUGGACAAGAUGGUCACGUGCAUUGCCGUGGGUCUACCUCUGCUGCUCAUCUCGCUGGCCUUCGCUCAGGAGAUCUCCAUCGGUACCCAGAUAAGCUGCUUCUCCCCGAGUUCUUUCUCCUGGCGACAGGCUGCCUUUGUGGAUUCAUACUGCUGGGCUGCAGUGCAGCAGAAGACUUCCCUGCAGAGUGAGUCCGGAAACCUCCCCCUGUGGCUGCACAAGUUCUUCCCCUACAUCCUGCUGCUGUUUGCCAUACUCCUGUACCUGCCUGCACUGUUCUGGCGCUUCGCAGCGGCUCCACACCUCUGCUCAGAUCUGAAGUUUAUCAUGGAGGAACUUGACAAAGUCUACAACCGCGCCAUCAAGGCUGCCAAGAGCGCUCGAGAUUUGGACCUGAGAGACGGACCUGGACCCCCAGGAGUGACUGAGAAUGUGGGGCAGAGUCUGUGGGAGAUAUCUGAAAGCCACUUCAAGUACCCAAUUGUGGAGCAGUACUUGAAGACAAAGAAGAACUCGAGUCAUUUAAUCAUGAAAUACAUUAGCUGCCGGCUGGUGACAUUUGCGGUUAUCUUGCUGGCUUGUAUCUACUUGAGCUAUUACUUCAGCCUCUCCUCACUCUCGGACGAGUUUCUGUGCAGCAUCAAAUCAGGCGUCCUGAGAAACGACAGCACCAUUCCCGAUCGCUUCCAGUGCAAGCUUAUCGCCGUCGGCAUCUUCCAGCUGCUCAGCCUCAUAAACCUCAUAGUGUAUGCUCUGCUGGUUCCUGUGGUCGUCUACACAUUCUUCGUCCCGUUCCGGCAGAAGACAGACGUUCUCAAAGUAUAUGAGAUCUUGCCCACGUUCGAUGUUCUACAUUUCAAGUCUGAAGGCUACAAUGACUUGAGCCUCUACAACCUUUUUCUGGAAGAGAACAUAAGUGAGCUCAAGUCAUACAAGUGUCUUAAGGUGCUGGAGAACAUUAAAAGCAACGGGCAGGGCAUCGACCCCAUGCUACUUCUGACAAACCUGGGCAUGAUUAAGAUGGACAUCAUUGAUGGGAAAAUUCCCAUGUCCCUACAGAGCAAGGGAGAGGACCAGGGCAGCCAGAGAGUGGAGUUCAAAGAUUUGGAGCUGAACAGCGAGACUGCAGCAAACGAUGGAGAGAAGAACUCUCGCCAGAGGCUCCUGAACUCAUCCUGCUAAUGGUUUAAUUCUUGAAUUUCAAGCCUAUGGCUUCUGUGGCUGACGCACCCCUGUUGGAUAUGUAGCUAGUUUGCUGUAGAUGUUUUGGUAUUGGUGUAGUGUGUGUCCUACCGGUCUCUAAUAGACAUAAUGGCCAACAGCAUCAUGGAAGAAUAAAUUAGGAACGUCUUACAAGACAGAAUUGAAAUGAGUAAGUGUGCUUUGUGUAAAGUCCUCCAUGAAGGGCUGUCAAGAGCACAGAGCCUUCUAGAGCCUCAGAGAAGCACCGUUCUGGACUGGCAGAGCUUCUGGAGAGCAAGCACUUUGGAGGAUGCUUUGUUUUCUGAGAUAAUAAUAAACAUGUUAGGAUGUAAUUUAAUAAUA